ACUGAGAAGAGUUUCAAAGGAUGUCAAUCACUGCUCUCAUAAAAUAGACAGCAAAUUUAAUUUGGAUAAAAUUUGGAUUUUAAGUUUUUGUUUUUUUUUCAAUUGAUAGUCAACAUUUACAUUAAACAGUUAUUAGAAAGGAAAGGUAAAAACAAAGUGAAUGUAUUGACAUCAUCAUCAUGUUUGGUAAAGUAAACAUCUUCAAUAUUGCCACAGCUGUCUUCCAUGCUCUGUUGUUUAAGAUAUGUCAGUCUUGUAUUUCUCCAACAGUUCACUGUGAUUGCAACAUUGAUAAAGAAAAUAAAACCAUAAUUAACUGCAGAUACAAAAACUUGGUUGAAAUACCAACAUUUAACAACACAAAUCAGGUAUAUGAUGAAAUCGGAUUUGCUUCAUCUGAAGAAACUGGAACUUGCCAACCAUUUGCUGGUAAAAAAUGUAACAAUAUUCGACAGAUAGGUGCUAAUGCCUUUGCUAACUUGAAAGUAAAGAAAAUAGAUCUGUUAAACAAUCCAGUUACCUCGAUCGACAAUUAUGCAUUUGAAGGUUUAGCACCAGAAAUAGAAUCAAUAUCACUAGAAGGAGAUGGGUCAAAUGGAAUGCCUGACCAAGCUCUUGCUGCUCUUGAUGAACAACUUAAAACUCUACAUCUUGAAAACUAUGGUGAUACAUCCAUUGAGGCACCAAUUGUUUUUCCAUUCCCACAUCUAGAAUCUUUAACAAUCAAAAAAUGGAAAAACCUAAAAUCUAUCAGUGCAGAUAUCUUCGGCGUAAUGAGCAAUUUGAAGGAACUCAAGUUAAUAGCGUUAAGGAGCAUAACUAUUUUUCCAGUCCCAGCUAUUCAAAAGUUUUUAAAAUUAACCUCAUUAGAUAUUAUGGAUAUUGGUAUAACAUCUAUAGAUGGAGAUUCUUUCACACCAAUGUCACUACUCAAGGACAUUAAAAUACGCAACAAUAUACAUCUGAACACAAUUGAUCAAAGAACCUUUAGUGGAGUAACAGACAGUGUAGAAUUCCUGGAAAUAGAUAAUAAUAAUCUAAAUAAUAAACUAAGCCUUGAAUUUUUAAGAAAUGAAAACUGGACUGUUUUAAGUCACUUAAAUAUAGGAUAUAACUUUAAUUUAAGAGAUCUUCCAAGUGAAAUAUUUAGCAAAACACCAGCUUUAGCAUAUCUACAAUGCAAAGACAUUGGACUGACAAGUAUCAACAAAGAUAUGUUUUCUGGUCUUGUAAGUCUCCAUACACUUGAUCUGGCUUAUAAUAACAUAAGAACUGUUACACCACAAACAUUCAAAAACUCGCCAUCUUUGGUUGAACUUCGACUUCAUGAUCAGCAGAGUAUUGAUUAUCUAGAUAUCCAGAAUAAUGCAUUUAGUGGAAUAGAAACAUCUUUAGAGAUUCUUAGUCUCCAAAACAACAAACUGAAUGUUUUUCAAUUCUGGAUGGAUUUAUCAACACUUACAAAUUUGUUAGUUCUUGAAGUAGACAACACUGGUAUUGAAAAUAUACCUGAUAGAGCUUUCAGAAACAAUGUGAAACUAACAAAUUUACAUAUUGCUGAUAAUAAGAUUACCUCUUUAAAACAAGAGACAUUUUUUGGUCCAAGAGACACUCUUCAGACUAUUUAUAUAAAUAGAAACAAAAUACAAACUGUUGAUCAAUGUACAUUGAGUGACUUUCCAGUCAGACCUAAGCUGAUUUUGGUUGGAAACCCUUUAAAUUGUAAUUGUGAUUUAGCCUGGCUGUAUGAUUGGUUUAAAUUACAGUGUAACCAAACCCAGGAAACAGAUGCUUGUCAGGAAAUAGGUCAAUGUGCAUCUCCUGUUUCAUUGACAAAUAAAAACUUUACAGAAUUUAAUAAAAAUGAAAUGUGUCCCACUGGAGCAACUAUCAGAAACUGUCCAGAUAUAUACCUGACAACAACAACAAAAACUACCACUUCAAGAACAACCACAACAACAACACCAAUUCGUACUACACCACCUCUUCCAGAAUUUGAAAUUCUAAUAAAUAAUAGAGCAUCAACUUUCAUUGAAAUAACAUGGGUAAUAAAUGACAGGACUCAUGUUACUGGUUUAAAACUGGAAUUGAUAUCAAAUUACCAAUCAAAUAAAGAAGCUUACCCCGGCCUUGAUGCCAAAUCACACACAUUCUACCAAUUACGUGAGGACACUACUUUCACUUUUUGCCUUGUGCUUAAAAUUGAAAAUGAAUAUAGAGACACUCAACCAAAAUGCAAGUCAACAACAACUCUUCCACCCCUAACUGACACACCAUCUUCAACCACCACAGUGGCACCAGAGAAAAUAUCAGUGUCUUUUUCUAGUACUAUUCUUGGUGUUGUAAUAGGAGGAAUAGUUGUUAUAUUAAUGUUUACAUUAUUUAUUGGCAUCUUUAUUUAUUAUAGGCUAAAGAAACACUUAACUCUCUCUGAGCCUCCAAACUUAACAGUCAGGAAUAAUUUGAACCAAAAUAAAACAGAAGAGUUUGACAAAACAUCAAGCAAGGACAAUGCCAUAGAACAGUAUGAUAUGUCUGUAAUAUCAAGUAGUUCAGAUUAUUUCUGUCAGUGUACCGCUUCCUGCAGAAAAAGUUCAGAUGUUAAUGAGGGAAGUUUGAAGGCGGAUUCUGUACUUUCUACUGUUGGAAAUUUUUCAGAUAAUGUCAGAAGUAGACGUUCAUCAAAUCCUGUUGAUCAUUCAAGAUUAAGUGUUUCACGUGGAGUUCCUAAUGUGGGAUUUGUUAGUAGUACAGACAGUUUGGAAAAAUUUUAACAUUCAUUUAUACUUUGGAAGUUAUUACAGUCAACUAUCGUUAUCUCGACAUCGCUUUUCUCGAUAUUUCGUUAUCUCGAUUAAAUUCUGAAAGUCUCGUUUAUUCCCCUUCUUUAUCUAUAUUGAAAAUAUUUCUUUAUCUCGAUAUUUUUAUUUAGAUUUUUUCAGUAUCUCGAUUUGAUAUUUCAGCCCCAACAGUUAUUUUCCCACUAUAAUCCUUUGUUUAUCUCGACAAAUAAUUAUUCAUCUGCCCCCUCCCGCAGAGGUGUGAAAAACACCAAGCGGACGGUUAUCGCUCAAAGCGCGUGUCAUAAUAAUUGAUGAUGAUAUGUUUGUAACAAGUCAGGGUGUUUUGAAAUAAUUGUUAAUUAGCGUGUUGAUUGACUUAUGUCGAAAAUGAGUGAAUUUGAUCAAAUAAUCGGUAAAUUAAAUAAACGUGCUAACUAUUCAAGUUUUGUGCUUUUAUAAAUAUUACUCUCACAAAAAGAUUGCUAUGAAAUGUUUUCAUGUAAUUUAUAUGUGUUGUUAUGCAAUGUUAAAAUACUAAAUAAAUAAAGUUAGAAAACAACGUUUAUGUUUUAGUGGUGUAUAACUGAGUAAACCGCACUAUGUGUCAAUCACAUAGCACCUAAAUGCUGUAUUUCCGCUGGUAAACAUCCGCUAAAUUAUGUAACGAACUGUUAACUUUUAUUAUAAGGAUUGACACAAGAUAAUGAAACAUCGUACUUAUUUGACUUAUAAGGUAUGCGCAUGUCUUCUGUAAAAAUUAGUUUUGACAGGUUCAAACCCUCAUACGUUUAUCUCGACAUUUCGUUAUCUCGAUAUUUUUUGACGGUCCCGAAGACUUCGAGAUAACGAGAGUCGACUGUAGUUAAAUUAAGGUCUUGGACUAAAAUUGCCAGUUCUGAUAAGUUAUACCAACAAUUAUUCUGCAGCUGUUGACAUUUGAGGUAAACAUUUCAUUUAAUCCCUCCUACAUGACAGCAUGCUAAAUCUAAGAACUCAGAGAAUUAAUCAUCUGAGGACCAGGAUAUAACCAGUAUAUCACCACCAGCUUCCACAACCAUGUUGUCUUGCCAGGCUACACCAUUGUCUGCAUUUUAAUUUUUUUAUUCAUACAGAGUUACCAUACACAAAUAUUGCUGCUAAAUAGUUUCAUAUAAUUUUAAAUUAUAUUUAAAAAGCAUGAAAUCUUGGCUGUAUUUUUUUUGCUGUGUGCAAUUAUCCUGACUGAUGUAACAAAAACAGUUGAUGAGUAAACAUUACUG